AAAUGGCAGCCUCCAUAUGGUUUCUGUUCUUCCAUGGAUCCUCAGAUAUGGCAAGAUUGAUCCGCUAAAUCGCUACCUCUUUACUUUGUCAGGAGGCCAACCAGCUGCAACAUGUUGAAACACAGCCGUCAAGCUGCAGCGGCGUCCAAAUCUCUCCGAGCAUACACAACGACAUCGCGGUGCUUUAAGAGCAGCCUGACAAGCGAGCAAAAGGAUAAUAUCGCAAGUGGACCUGGCCUAGCAGAUUUUAUAGCUGGUGCAGUUCCGAGAGGAAGCACGUUCAAGGACUACACGGGGAAGCUGAAGCGCGCGCCAGGAGAAACGGAAAGGUUGAAGCUACCGCCGUGGCUGAAGGUUGACAUUCCUAAAGGAAUCCACUUUUCUCGUUUAAAAGGAACGCUAAGAGGCAAGAAGCUCCACACUGUGUGUGAAGAGGCACGUUGCCCUAAUAUCGGAACCUGCUGGAAUGGAGGCCCAGACAAUAUUGCCACAGCAACAAUCAUGGUCUUGGGUGACACAUGUACAAGAGCCUGCAGGUUUUGUUCUGUCAAAACUGCUCGACGCCCACCCUUACCAGACCCUGAUGAGCCUGAGAACACUGCAGAAGCAAUCGCAGAGUGGGACCUAGAGUAUGUUGUAAUAACCUCGGUAGACAGAGAUGAUCUACCUGAUGGCGGCUCAAACCAUUUUGCUGACACAGUACGAAGAAUUAAGCAGAAGAAAUCAUCCAUUCUUGUUGAGUGCUUGACUGGCGAUUUUGCUGGCGACCUCAAGGCCGUAGGAGAGGUGGCUUGCUCAGGCCUUGAUGUGUAUGCACACAACAUUGAAACUGUUCCCGAAUUACAAAUCCAGAUUAUGGCUGUAAAUGCGAAGUCAACAUAUCCAUUCCCAGCGGUCAACCUUUCUUGGACCAGCCCGGCCGUAUCUGGUGGUAGCUCUGCAGCACAGUGCUGCUGUGAGUUGUUGAAGAUGGUGACUGUGCUUCACAUGUCCACAGUGUAUGAGCAACAAAAUCUGAUUUGUUUUCUAUGGAGCAUGGGACAAACGACCAUCGAAAUCCACAGGGAAAUGCAGCCCACGUAUGGGGAAAGGAAGUCCGGCUUUGAGAGGUGCGAGGUGGUGGUGUGGAGAGUUCGCAAAAGGCCGUGAAAACUUGCACGACAAUGAGCAUUCGGAGAGGCUGUGUACAUCGCUGACUGACGACAACACACCACAGGGCAUCUCAAAUCGAGUGCUGCGACGGGACAAAUAUUUGAACCGGUGCGAGGGCUGUUUAGAAAAAUAGUGUGAGGUACGUAGAAUAGUAUGUAUAUUUGUAACUGCCUGUAUGUACCUUAUUUUGGCUAAUAAAAAAUACAGGAAAAGACUUUCUGAUUCGCCCUCCUAUCUAGUUGGAUUCAACCUGAAGCACUACUGAACUUUACUUCCAAUACUCAUUUCAACAUUGCAGGUGUUGCUAUUUCUUUGCAGUUUUGGUUGCAUUGAAGUUAUUGGUAAUUAUGAGAACAAAGCAGAAUUAAUGAAUGUGAACCACACUAUAAUUUUCAAACAUAUUACUUUUAAGUGCUGUGAGCUUCCAUUUCUUCUAGAUGCUUAAAUUCUGCACCAUUGCUUCGGAACUCCUUGAUUUAUAUGCAAAAGCAAUGAAAGCAUUUCCUUGUGCUCCAUAGGGCAGACACUGUGUAUGCUCAUUUGCUGUGCAUACCACAGACCAUUUUGUUGAUCACAGGGCUACGGCUCUUUUAACAUACUGCUUGCUGUCCAUUGCAUUGGGUUUAGCACCCAGAAAAUUUGUGAAAGAUAAAUUUGAUAUUUACGUAUAUUUAUUUCAAAUUGCUGGAUUAUGCAUCCAAUGCGUGGUUGCAUACACAACAUCCUAACAAAAAAUGAAAUCGAAAUGAUUAUGUCAGUAAUGCCC